AUGGGCAAUUUCGCAGCCAAUGAACGUGAACAUUUAACUACUUUUCUUUUGCGUAAAAAUAUCUUGCUACAAUUAAAUAUCCAUAUUUGUCAUUCACGCCAAGAUAUCUACACAAGUAAGGUAAGCCAUAUCUUGAAAUUCCAUACUAUAUUAGGGUCUGACAGUUUGACAUGGAGAAUGUGGGGGACGGUUCCUGAUUUUGAUUCAAAAUAUUUUAUUUUAGAUCACAAGAGAGUUAUUCCGAUAAUUAAAAAUUAA